AUGGCUUUCCAGAACUCAGCAAAUAGUUCAGAACUUGCAACCAUGGUUAAUUUUGCGACCGCAACUAAUUUCAUGACUUCACUGCCUGGUUAUCCAUGUAAGAUCAUCGACCAGUUCCCUAGAGGAUCAAGUAAUCUUGACCAUGCCUUCGCUGCUGCAAGCUUAUACUACAACUAUCCGGGAUCAGGAAAAUGCUUUGAGCUUGAACACCCAACUUAA